UAUUAUUAUUAUUAUUUAUAGCUAUAUAAAACAAUGGAUGUCCUGGAUGGGGCUGAAGGAGGAGAAAGCGUGUUGGAUUUAUCUCACUUGAACUUAAACAGUGUCAAUUUUGAGACUCUGGCUGAAAAACGCAGGACAGAAACAACCGAGCUUCAUCUCUGCUACAACAGACUGGCGGCACUUCCGAGCUCCAUCGGCUUCUUCACGAGACUCGAGUUCCUGGACCUGAGUAAUAACGAGCUGUCGGUGCUGAGCGACUCUGUGAGCGGACUGACCCGCCUCAGGACCCUCGUCGCCAAAAACAACCGCCUGGAUGAGUUCUCUCUGCCCAAAGACCUCGGCGCGUUACAGAGACUGGAGGUGGUGAACUUCAGCGGGAACCGCUUCGAGGAGAUCCCCACACAAGUGCUGCAGCUGCGGCGGCUCCACUCACUGUCCUUCGGAGGGAACCGCCUGAAACACAUCCCUUCCGAGAUAGACAGCCUCACCAGUUUGGAGUUGCUGUAUUUGGGAGGAAAUAUGAUCUCCUCGAUCCCAGUGGAGCUCGCCAACCUGCCCGUGCUCAGCUACCUAGCACUGUGUGACAAUCGCAUCCAAAGCAUCCCACCCCAAUUCACCAGGCUCCACUCCCUGCGUUCUCUCAGUCUUCACAAUAAUCUCCUGACGUAUUUGCCGCGUGAGAUCCUCAGCCUAGUGCAGCUCCAGGAGCUCAGUCUCCGUGGCAACCCACUGGUCGUGCGUUUUAUUAAGGACAUGACCUAUGACCCGCCGUCGCUGCUGGAGCUAGCGGGUCGCACCGUCAAAACGCGUAACCUCCGCUACUCGGAGCAGGACCUGCCCGCGGGCCUCGUCAACUACCUGGACCUGGCCAGCAAGUGUCCUAACCCCAAGUGUGGAGGUGUCUACUUUGAUUCCUGCGUGCGCCACAUCAAGUUCGUGGAUUUUUGCGGGAAGUACCGGCUGCCCCUCAUGCACUACCUGUGCUCCCCAGAAUGCACCUCUCCCUGCAGCUCGAACCCUCAGAGCGACGCGGACUCGGAUGACGACCAGAGCGUCCCCGCCGACCGGCUUCAGAGAGUCCUGCUGGGAUAGCAUGCACGCACGCACACACACACACACACACACACACACAGAGCUCUAGUCUCUGUCUUACUGGUGCUGCUUUUUCAUACACACACAAUUUUUGUAUUCUGCUUGCUCUCGUGUGUCAACUAAAACCAAAACAGCUUUGUGGCUGCAGCACACUGAGCCGGAGUCUGGUCCUUUUUUGUCAUAAAAAUGAUAAAAUUUGAAUUGGUGUAUUAAAACUUCUAGCUAAAAUAUGACAACUCAGUGUUACGUGGCUUAUAGUUUCUAGUGCUGCAGGUUCCCGCUGUUUUUUUUUUCUUUUAUUUGUUUUUGUUUGGUUUUUCCCCAUCGCUUUCACUUUAAGAAACCAAAUUCUGUGGCGCGUACACAACAUCAGAGACGGCUGACUGCUUUUACGCACAAAAAAAAAAACAACAACAUUGAGCCUCAUUUAUCCCCCACAAUACACACAGAUUUAUUUCUAAAUAAUUACCACCAGCAUUUGGUUAUCAUUUUCAAAUCUAUUAAACUCAGAUACUGUAAACAUCACUAUCCUACUCCCACUCCUGAGGUUUUCGUUUAUUUUUUUUGUAAAUUUAGGUAACACACCUCAAUCAAACCCAAAUGUACUUCAGAUGUUUUAAUUAGUAAUCAUCAUUGUCAUUUUUAUUCCCUUAAAUAAUGUAGAGGUUAAAUGGCUAAACUGUAUCAGGUUCACAGUGAUGCAAGAACGCGCUUAUCCAGAGCAACCUUCCUUCCCUUUCAUCUUUUACUCAGUAGGUAUCACUAGAGGCAAGUGAGGUGUGUCAGGAGCAUGUGAUUACGAUGCACAUACAAAGCAUUCUUAAACUUUUAUAUAUCCAGCAAACUAAAAUGACUUUUUUAUGGCUUACACAGACGUUAACCCACGGCACUCACGGUCACGUCUUAUUGUAGUCAUAUUUGACAUUUAAAGAUUUGAGUUGUCAUGGUAACGAAACGAUGCUCUUAAUCUCAAGAGCAUGAAAGAACGUUCAUGGUGCUCAAACUGGCGUUUUUGCGAUUUCUUACAGUACGUACGAAUAUGUUUUACGGUAGUCAGUGGAACACGUGUUAAGAACCGUACUGUACACACACCAUGUACAGUAUCUCAACAGGAUGGAAAGACGUUUCGAAUGGUUUUCUUGCAUAAUUAGGCACGGGUGAUGCUAAAAUUGUGUGACACUGACAAUAAAGACUUGUUAGAUAGGGAUGCAUCAAUGUCAUUUCUAAUAGAUGUAUCGAUUAUCAGUACUUGUCGAGACAUAAACCUGUGCUGAUACCCGACAGACUUGUUGUGAAUGAAUCAGGGGUCUCAUGUAACGUUUUAUUUUGCCUUGUUUUUGGUGUCGAUAGUGGUCACAAGUGAAAAGUGCACAAGUGUGUAUUCAUGCACUUGGGAUUUGUUCUUAAUAAUGUUAUGUAGUUGACUACAGUAUAUCGCAGUGGACGGGUUUGUUUCACAUCUGAAAAACUCUUCUGUUUGAAUUGUUUCCGUUACGUCAGGAUCCCUCGUUGUCAUGCUUGUUAUGAGCUGGUACUUUUACUAUUUUUGUGUUGGUGGUAAUUUAGUUUUUCUGACCUAACAAGUGUGUUGUCAGCUUCUCCUGCCAUUUGUAGGAAUUUCCUCCUUUCCAUAUUUUACACACAGUCUGCAAUACUUUUCCGUCAACAAUCACAAUACGUCCAAAUUGUGGAUUUGUGUCAUCUGUUUAUUAUUGAGUAAAUGGUACACUUUUGCAGGCACGAUAUCUGAUGGAUAUCAGUACCAGGAUUGAUGUACCACUUUUUUUUUUUUUUUUUUUUUUUUUUAAUUAUCCUUGGAAAGUUUUUAACUCCUAAAGCAUCAUUGAGGCACCAUCCUGAGAUGUCAGAUCACCUGUUUUGUGUUUUUUAAAUAAUUUAUUUAAUUCUAAAUGCUACACACAUAAUGUAUACAACAUUUAAAAACUUAGAUUUUCUGGAAUAAAACAAACCCAGGAGUAAUUUUCUCGAGUGUGUAGUUGUAGAGUUACAGCACAUUAUGUGAAGGGAGCGAUACACUAUUGUGAAUACCUUCCUGGAUGUUUGAUGUAAAACCAGUGUAUGAGCUCAAAGAUUAUUAAUAAUAGUAAUAAUAAUAACAAUAAUAACUGGAUUAGUAUUACUAUGAUUUUUCAAUAAAACGUUUAUCCCAUGUACAGUAGAAAUCUUUAAAAAGAAACCAUGUUCAAACUGUAAUAAUACUUUAAAACAUCAGUACCAGUCAAAAGUUUGCGCACACCACCUUAUUCAGUGUUUUUUGUUAAGUGAUGUAUUUUAUAAAUUUUAGAACAAUACUGGAUUUUUAUUAUUAUUAUUAUUUUUAAACCAUGAAAUGCAAUAACACACAGAAUUGGGUAACUGCGUGAUGACAACGACAGUCGGUUGUUAUUUUAAGACACAGACAGCAUUUCUGGAAUAGUUCUUGCAAGAAACUCUUAUGAAGACCUUCCCAGGAAAGCAAGACCAAAACUUACUAAGUUCAUUUAGAGUUACCAGCCUCAGAAAUCACCAAUUAACAAAUAAAACCUCAGAUUAGAGCCAUUAUGGAGACUUUACAGAUCAUAACUAGCAGAUACAUCACAAUAUCAACUGUUCAAAGGAGAUUAUUUCAUAUUUUGGACGCCUUCAGCAUUGCUUUACAGUGUAGAAAGAAAGAAAAAUUGACCUGAAAGAAAAGGACAGAUAACAGUUACUACUGUUAAAUUUGUGUCUAUUCUUUGGGAAAAAAAUAGCAGUGAUCCUUAAGGGGUUAAACUAAAGUGCCUUAUAUGUUAUAUGGUUAGGAAAUAAAAUGUUUCUUCUUCCAGAUUGUAGUUUGUAUAACGCACAUCUUUAGACUUUUUAAAAUUUAAUAAUUAGACUGUUAAACUGUGAAUGACAAAAGACUAUUUGAAGAUGAUAAUAUUUAAUAAUAUUCUUAACACUGAUAUUGGUACAUUGAUAUAUUAUCUAUAUAUUCGUAUCUAUAAUAUAAGAGUGAUUGAGCGUGAAUGUUUUGGGGUGUGUGUGUGUGUGUGUGUGUUAGCUGGAGAUCAUGGCAUUGUACCCCUGUGUCCUUACUUCUCUGAGCCCUUUAACAGCUCAUGGCUGCAGACAUCUUUUAUUUAUGUCACACUUCGUGCCUUCGCUAUAGCUGUUACAUCCUUUUUACGAGCGAAAUCUAUAAACCGAAGAGAGACGAAGUAGAUUAUGGAGAAAAUUCAGUUUUUGAAGUCACCGUUUAUUGUUUAUUCAGUGCAAAACUUUCUUAUUCUCACUUUCAGUCUCUUUGCAUAGUCAGAAACCUGGACUAAUAAUUUGACUUUCAUUUAUAUAUUGAUUUUAAUUUGCAUGAAAAUCAAAAUAUAAAAAAUAUACAAAACUUUUCAAUAUAUAUGAGAUGGAAAUGGAUCAAAUUUUAAAGAAUGUUUUUUUUACAAGCCCAGUUCUCACUUUCAAGAUAUUUACUAUGAAUUGCUAUGAGUUCACAAAUCUUGAUGAGCCUGAGUUGGUUGUACGCUUCUUUGUGCCUUUACAUAUGGCUGUGGUAUUUUGCUUAGCUUGACCAUGCUCUAGCUUUUCUUUGGUUUUGCCUUAGCUUUGCCUUAUCACAUAGCUAAUGACGUCAGUAUGCAUUAUAGACACUCAUUAUCUUCUAUACCGCUUUAUCCUGUAUUCGGGGUCGCAGCAGGCCUGGAGCCUAUCCCAGGAGGCUAAGGGCACAAGGCAGGGUACACCCUGGACAGGCUGCCAACUCAUCGCAGGGCACACACAUACAUACACACACACACUUACACACUACGGGCAAUUUGAGAACACCAGUUGGCCUAACCUGCUAACUGGUGGGAGGAAACCAGAGUGCCCAGAGAAAACCCACCAAGCACGGGAAGAACCCGGACCCUCGAGGUGCAAGGCGACAGUGCUAAACCACUACACCAGCCUCUGCAUUGUAGACACAUUAAUGUCAAAAAUCGAAGCGAAAGCAAGUCAUAGUGAAAAUCAUGAAAGCAGGAUCUGGGCUUAAUGGUUCUUAGUGUCAAUUUGAUUAUCUUUUAUUUAAUAAUAAGUCUUAAACAUUAAGUAGUAUUAAGUAUGUUAAAUCUCUUUCUUUUUUUUAAGUCAAGUUUGGACUUAUAAGAAAAGUAGAUUGAAAGUAGCACGUUAAAAUUUGGUCCAUUACAUUAUAACACUCCUUAGCUCCUUUUUUCUUUUACAUUACAGUGAUAUUAAUAACUAUGCAACUGAAUGUGAUUUAAAUCUGAAACUGUUUAACUUACUGCCUAUUGGUUUUUUUGUAAUAACUAAUCCUGUUAUUACUUUUUCUUUACCCCCCCUGACAUAAUGCAAUAGAGUAUAUU